UUGAAAAAUAAUCACACACAAUUUGAAACAUUGUCAAUGUAUGAAAGAAAGAUUCAAAGAUUUAAUAGAUAAUUUCAGAAUUAGAUUUUUUGAUUUAUGGGACCUGUUGGAUUUAUUCAACUUCUUUCCAAAAUCCUCACUUGUAAUUUAUGACCCUUCUUAGUUAUUUCUAAGUAUCUAUUGAUGAAAAUUGAGUCAUAUGAUCCUAAUCACUUUCAAAUUGUUUUCGAAUUUCAGUCCCAGUAAGUUGGGACAUAAUUGAGAACUAUUUAAACUCUUCUGAAAAGUCUUUAUUUCUUCUUGAGAAAUAUUAUGCUUUCACUUUUGAUAAUAUUUUCCCAAUUUCUACCUGAGUUUGGCUAUAUAAAGCAAUGAUUUUUUCCGAAAGCCUCAGUUGAAUAUUUCAUACCGAAGAAUAAAGUACCACUUGUGUGCCAUAUUUAAACGGAAUUUUAGCAAACUGAAAAAUCAUGGAUGGCCUUGAUUUUGUUAGAGCAAGAUGGUUUCACGACAUGCUUGUGGAAGCUGAUUCGGAAGCUUCUAUCGUGGAUCUUAUUUCAUCUAAAUCUAGUAAUUUUAAAUUUCUAAACAAUUAUUUAGAGAUGUUAGUCAGAAGAAGAAUGUAUAGAAGUUUUAGCGAUUUAGAUUACAAUAUUAUAGAGUAUCUUCUUUUGCAUGAAGCAGAGCCGAUGAUCAAUUACCGAAAGGGCAAUAGAAGCGAAACAAUAUUGGACUUGGUGAUGAAAACUAAGGAUGAACGGUUGCUUAGACAAUUUGUUUCUUUUUUGAAAUACGUAGAGCUUCCCGAUUCACAUUCGGCCAAGAUUAAUAAUUUGGAGUACAGUCAUUGUACCAAUACGAAAGUUUUAGCGGCUGUUGCAUACCAGUCAAUAGAUCUAGUGCGGUUCACCUUGGAAGGACAUUUUUAUCAAGGACAUUUUUAUCAAAAUGAAAAAUCAUUUUAUUGGCGCAACACACCAUUGCACAUCGCUGCAUCAUUGCCAAAUUUGGAAAUCACAAGAUAUCUUCUGGAGCAUCCUGUCUUUGGCAACAUUGAAGCCAAAAACUCUAACAGGGAAACGCCAUUGUUCUUAGCAGUGAAGCAUGGCCAACUCGAGCAAGUGAUGGUUCUUCAUUAUUAUGGAGCAAAUUUCGAAGAGACUGAUAAUCGCACCAAUUCAGUACUUCAUGUCUCAUGUUCCCAAGAGCAUAUAAAUUACAAAUUAUUCAGGUUCUUGCUGGAUAUAGGAAUGGACCUGAAUUCAACUGAAAUUUGUUUCCGCACCCCUCUGAAUAUUUUAGCAAAAAACCAUCACGCACAAAAUGCGUUGAAAUGUGCAAAACUGUUGAUCGACAGAGGAGCCGAUGUGAAUCAAUUGAACAUAUACAAAGACACAGUUCUGCACACAUUAAUGUUUUAUGCUGGAUAUAGUGACCAUGUCUUAGAUUUUCUUUAUUUAUUCCUGAAAAGCGGAGUCGAUGCGGAAGCUUUGGAUGAACAGAAUAGAACAUUUGUUGAUGUUCUAUUAUCACAUUCUUCUAUCAUUGUACAACAAUGGAUUUUAAAAUAUUUGAUUUUGCUAGAUGUCGAAGGUAUAUUUCAAUUAGGUCAUUUAAUACCGGAUAUACCAUAUGUACAAAAAUGUAGGAACGAAUUGGAACGUUUGAACUUGUUCACAAUGCGUGAAUACAAAAUUGAACCAAGAUUCUUCAAGUGCUCAACCGUUCUCCUGUCGAACAGAAAGAGAGUCGGCGAAUUCUGUGCAAACGUCAACUUGAGAACAAUCCUGUAUUUAUUGGACGAACGUGAAUACCCAAUUUACGGUCGCGAUCUGAUAAAUAGAUAUAGAUCAGGGUUGAAGCUAUUUGUGAACUCUGGAGAUUUUGGAUGCAUAGGAUUUGAUGAAGCUGGAAUGCUCGAAUUUGGUUAUCUGGUGGAAAUUUUGAAAUUCAUUCCACCACAAGAAUUCGGUAAAUUAAAAUCGACAAUACGGGUCGAUGAUUGUAUUAGAUACAUGAAUCUGUCUUCAAAGUUGAAGGCAGCCAAACAAAAAAAAGAAAUGAGAGCAAAAGAAAAAACAGAAGAUAAUAAACAAUAAAUAAGAAUGAAAAGAAAGAAGGAAUGAAAAAUAUAAACCAGGAAAAGAAAAACUGCUACUCAAUAUUAAUAACUAACGAAAACGAAAAAUGUGUUCAAUCGUUUCGUUUUUUUUAGAUUAAGUGUAAUUUUAUUGAUGAA